CGGGAAAGUGGGCGAAACCAAGCCCGUUCCAAGAAGCGGGUUAAGCUGAACUCAGAAUCAAUCACUAUGGUAACUGAGUCUGUGAACGAAACCUGGUCAGUAGCAGGUUUCCUUCAAGAAACUUAGAGUUCUCUGUGGUCUCCGCCCCUUUUUAAAGUGACGGUAGUCUAAAUAGGACUUCCUCAUUGACAUUCAGAGAUCAAUCAAAUCAGAGACGUCACGUUAACACCACGCAAAAACCGAAAUGGCCUGUCCAUUCAUCGAGGAUCCUGUGGACGAGGAGGCUGGAUUAAUCCGGAGGGAAUGCAAUUUACGUCGGGAGAGGAUUUUAAGGCCACGUGUCGAUUGCCUGGCGCUACCCAAUACAUUUUUAUUUGAGCGAUACAGUUUUUCCAGGGACUCGCUAUUAUAUAUUCAUGAUCUCAUCCGCCCAUACAUCACACACACCACCCAUCGAGGCCGCGCUCUGACAUCUGAGCAGAUUCUUUGUGUAACACUGCGUUUCCUUGCAAAUGAUAGUUUCCUUUAUAACAUCGGGGAUGCCGAGCACACCAGUAAGGCCGCAGUCUGCAGAAUUGUCCAGAAAGUGUGCCUCGCGCUCAAGCACUUCUUACACAUAUUCGUUGUUUUCCCUGGGCACAAACCCCUUAGAGUGAUCAAGGAGGAGUUUCACAGAAUUGCAGGUUAGUGGUAUUGUAUGUCGUCCAGUAUGGUCAUCUUGAAAAAUGAUCACUUAAUUAAAUCUUGCUCAGACAUAGGACAAUGUAUAAUGAAAAUCCCCCCCCCAGGAUUUCCAAAUGUGGUUGGGUGCAUUGAUGGCACACAUCCCCAUAAUUGCACCUGCCAUAAAUGAGGGGGACUAUGUGAACAGGAGGUCCGUCCACAGCAUCAAUGUGCAGAUCAUUUGUGAUGCUGCACAUGUCAUCACAAACGUGGAGGCAAAGUGGCCUGGCUCUGUUCAUGACUCACGCAUAUUCCGUGAAUCAACCCUGAGUAACAGACUGCAAUCUGGUGAAGUUGUGGGCUUUCUACUUGGGAAUAGGGGUUACCCAUGCCAGCCCACACUGAUGACCCCUCACCCAGAACCUGAAGAAGGCCCUCAGCAGCUCUUCAAUCAGGCUCACAACAGGACAAGAGCCCGGGUGGAGAUGACCAUAGGCCUGCUGAAAGCCCGUUUCCAGUGCCUUCGUCACCUCAGAGUGAGACCUGAGAGGGCCUGUGACAUAAUUGUGGCAUGUGUUGUUCUCCAUAAUAUUGCCAUUAUUAGAGGAGAGCAACACCCUGCCAUACAAAUUCAAGAGCCAGAGGACGAUCCCAUCCAACCAGCAGACUACCAGGACGGAAGGACUGUCAGAGACAUGAUCUGUCGCAGUGCAUUCUGGCAAUAGACCACCACCUCCACAAGCAAUAAAAGAAGGACACUGAACUCAAAAUAAAUUUAUUUGGAUCCA